AUGACAUUUAAAAUGCCAGAAUUAAGAAUAGUCUCCACAAACUUGUGUCCACAAACAACAUCUUUUCAGAAAGAUGAUUACCCUCCUAACAGGGGAAGAGUUCCCGCUGCUUUUCAUCUUCUUCCCUAUUAUGCAAGGCGUAACGAAUUGAACAUCUUGCGUGAGUUGCAUGCUAAGUUGUCAGAUCCUCAAAAGAAGCUUCAUCAGAAAAUGAUGAUGGAUGCAAUUUUGAGAGAACAAUUGGCUGUUCGAGGAUAUAGCCAUAACAGUCAAUAUAAUUCAAUAAAUUCAAUCAAUUCUCGAUUUGGAUUUUCUUCACAAAAUACCCAAAAACCUGCCACUUCAACAGGAAAACCAACAAAUAAACCAAAACAAAAUUCAACAGCUAAAAAAGGUCAAAAAGAGAUAAAGGGCGAAAAAAGUGCUUUUAGUUCUUUUGCCGCUGUUAUAGAUAAAAUAAAUGCCGAAAGUGCGAAUGGAACAACAACCGUCUCCGAUCCUUCCCCUCCCAAAGAAAAGAAGCAACGCGUGAGGAAGCGUAAAGCUCCAGCUCCCAAAAUACCUCAACCUGUUAGUGGCCUUGAUUUAGUUCAAAAUUUUGCAAGCAUCAAUCAAAAACAAGAACAGGGAAAUAAUACUAAUAUUGUUAACACUGCACCAGUAACAACAACAAAUACUAAUUUUAUUAUUACUCCCACUACUAACAAUUCCUUACAUAAUUUUUUCCAGUUAAAUCAGGGACAGACUAUGGUGCAAAAUCAACAGGUGAUUCAACAACAACAAACACCUCCACAAAUAACCCAACAAAUGCCCCCACAAACGAUGCCUACAACAAUGCCUACCCCCUAUAGUUUCCCUCAAUUAAAUUUUACUAAUACAAUACCAGUUAAUUCGUCUUCUAAUACAACAUAUAAUUCCCCCAUACCCACCUAUAAUUCCUCCACAUUAAACAAUUGUUCCCCUGAUAUAGCCAAAAGAAGGGCAGAUUUUAUAACAGAAGCAACUAGUUUAUAUAACAAUAAAUAUAGAAUGCUUUCUCGUUCAAUUUAUGAUUUUUAUGUUAAAAGACUGAAAAUUACUCAAAAUUUGGAUCCGCGACUUUUAUUAAAAAAGGAUUUGGAAAUUAGAAGCAAAUUUGAGUUGGUAAUUUUUACUGAGGGUGAUCAACAGGUUGAGAGAUUGGUAGAACAUGGAAAGCUGCGUAGAAAGCUUGUUACUAUUGAAGAGGUAUUCGAUAUCAUCCACGAUUUCCACAAUCGUUUGGGACAUGGAAAAAAGAUGGCAAUUUCGGAAGCUAUAAAACAAGAUUAUGCAAAUAUUACCUUAAACUGUGUUUUGUUGUAUAUGGCUAAUUGUAAGGAAUGUUAUAUGGCAUCACAAUUACAAACCUCAACAAGUUUAAUUGAAACUACAAAUUCUGACUUUAAUAAGGAAUUGAAUAUAGAAGACGAUGAAAUUAUUGAAUUGAAGAAAGUCGGCACAAGCAAAUACAUUGACUAUAGCGAACAUUUUCUGACUGGACAAGAUGAAAUUCGCUGUAAAUACUGCAAUUUUAUUUACUUCACAAAUUCAAAAAAACGGCCCAGAUAUUAUCUUCGAUCCCAUCUGAUCAAUUUCCACAAAGAAAUUUAUAAUGAAAUUUUUGCUAAUAGAGAGGAGGAAAGUGUAAAUAUUAAUUUGGAAGAAGAUGAAGAAAUUGAUAUUUUGAAUGAUGAUGAUGGGCCUAGUCAAAAUAAAAUUAUGAGAAUGUCGGGUGAUAAUAGUACGACUUUUAAUUGA